GGUCCACUCGCUAACCACGGCCGGCCCGCGCCAACUGGAUAUGGGCAUCCGGCGCUCGAGAGCUCGCUCCCGACGCUCCGAAGAGGAAAGGCUUCGCGUACGAGAACAUCGCGCUGCUUAAAAGAACCGGUAGUGCGUGUCCAGUUGGCGCGGCAGAACCGGUGCUUCCUGUCCGCGGCCCCGCUGACCGACGCAGACCUGUGACUUGCACUGAUGAUGAUGAUGUCUGUCGCAUCGCCGGCGGCCUGGACCGCCGGACACGAGGGUCGAUCAUCAAUGCCGAUGGUGCGCAAGUCCUCGCGCAUCUUCGAAGCUUCAUUUAUGAUUCGAGGCCCGGCGAAUUCCUUCAUCGAAUUCCAUCAUCGCAAAUGCUGUCUCGAGAUGAAAUUCUGGCCUUGCCAUUCAGUCGAUGCGUGUCGGGGAUCGCGGAGGUCGGGGCUGUCGAAAUGGCAAAUGCUGCGAAACAACAGCUGCUUGACUUCCGGCGACGGACGGGCCUCACCGGCCCGAGUUUCAUUCCACGUCUCGUGUUUGCUCGCUCGCUUUGGAAGAUUGACGAUCAUGUUGCUAGAUUUUGGUCAAUAAACUGUUCUUGCGGACGAGCUCCGCGUCCACUUUGCAGUAUUUUUAGACAUUGAUUCUCACCUGAAUGCGGGCGGGCGGGCGAGCUUAAACGGAGACGUGCGUGCUCCUCGUCUUGCUGAAGUUGUGAGAAACGCGUCCGACCCUCGACCACGGUCUCAUACAAUUGUCUAAUUUCGAUCGGUUUCGAACCUAGACGACAAAAGGCACGAACGGGUAUUUCGACGAGUGCUCCUGUUUCGCAACACUAACCGCUUUCGAGGUGUAGUCGGCUCAUAGGAGUUCUUGCCGGGAAAAAUGGGCCUCCUUCCCUCCCUAUAAUCUCCAAUUGGAAUGUGAGCGGAAGUGCGGGAAGGUUGAGAAUAAUAACCCAAAGAACGACAAGGCGAUGUGUGAUUAUGGUGAAGGGCUUCGACUGCCAGGACAUCUGCCGAGCAGGCAAGCCCAGGCCCACCAUGGGAAGGCGGGCGGGCGGGCGGGCGGGCAGGCAGGCAGGCAGGCUAGAUAGUCUGACUGAUGGCCGUCCCGGCCCGUCGUAGCGCGAACAUUCUCCUCACCCACUGCGAUAAAAUCAACCGAGAUCGCGAACUAGCAGAAUUCUUGCCUGCGUGCGUAGUUCAACGAUCGAGUGAUAGUUAGAUAAAUAGAUAGAUGGAUAGAUCCACCGGCUACGACCAGUAGCAACUGACGAGCUGGAAAGGAGGGCGGGGACUCGGCGGAAGCGACGAGCAAUGAGUGAAGGAAUUGUCCCCGCCAUCGCAGUACGGCCGAUCUGCUGCUCCUUUACAGUGAGUCCCCAGUCGCAGCACGGUAUCUGCCGACUCUACCAAACGUCUCGCUACCAUUUCACCCCUCGGUGAUCUAUGAUUUUAGUGCCUACUUGGAUUGGGUGCACGGAUAUAUACCGGGCCUGGCACUCCUCGUAUACCAGGGCAUCAGAGUUCAGUACAGCGGUACUGAACUCGACUGUAGUUCCUCGGACGAGUCAAUGAUUAAUGUGCGAGUAGGGGAAUCUCUCGUUCUGUAUUCGGCUGUAGUGCAGUCAGUGCUGAUACCGUAACAGCGAGCAUCAUGUGUUUCGAAUGUAAGCCAAGGGGAAAGGACUCUACUGGCCUUUCUAACCUAACAAGCCAAAAGGGCUCUUGUCUUGUCUUGACCGAAGGAGUUUGGCACCGCCAACGAGUCCACGAUGGGU